GGGGCCCCAUGAGAUGUCCUCUCAGUAGACCCAUUGGAUGUGAUUUUCAUCUUUCUCCACUGCACUUAACCUAUUCUUCCACCUCCUUCCUCUCUCCUUUUCUUUCCCUGUCAUUUCAUUUCUUUGCCAAAAAUACACAACAAUUCCUCAAUUCUUCUCUACCCCUCACCUUUUACACAAUAAUUAAUCAUGUCUUCCGAUAGACCAAUUAAAGAUUCCGCUGAAGGCUCCUCUUCACGAUCCAUCACCACCACCACCACAACCACCGAUCACCACCAUCACCACCAACACAACCACCAACAGCAUCAACAGCAGCAGCCCUCGGCCGCCGCGGCUCCGUUGAGCCGCUACGAAUCGCAGAAACGCAGGGACUGGAACACCUUCGGACAGUACCUGAAGAAUCAGAACCCUCCGGUGUCCCUCUCCCAGUGCAACUGCAAUCAUGUCCUCGACUUCCUGCGCUACCUGGACCAGUUCGGAAAGACUAAGGUCCACCUGCACGGCUGCGUCUUCUUCGGACAACCCGACCCGCCCGCUCCUUGCACCUGUCCCCUCCGCCAGGCUUGGGGCAGCCUCGACGCGCUGAUCGGACGGCUGCGUGCGGCUUACGAAGAGCAUGGCGGAUCGCCCGAGACCAACCCUUUUGGAAAUGGAGCAAUCCGGGUGUAUCUACGUGAGGUGAAAGAGUGCCAAGCCAAAGCCAGAGGGAUUCCUUACAAGAAGAAGAAGAAGAAAAGGACUAGCAGUAGUAAUCAUCUUAAGGCAGCAAGAGAUCAGGAGUCUAAGCUUUUCAAGCAAUCUUCGUCCUCUUAAUUUUAAUGCCAUCCUCCUCUCUCUCUACCUAUAUAGCGUAGCUUGCUUUCUUCGGAUUCAUAUGUGAUUCACGAUGAGCGAGUAUAGAGACGUCGAUCAUGUUAAGCUUCCUUGCAGUACUCGGAGGGCAAAGUCUUGGUUCCUGGUGUAGCAAAUUGCCAAACUACAUGCGUUUAGACAUUAUCUAUCUAUCUUUAUAUAUAUAUAUAUAUAUAUAUUAGCACCAAAAAUAAAAUGGUUUUUAAUUUACUGUUUUCCAAUGAAGAGAAUUCCCUGUAUAUUUUGUUCCAAAGUGUAUGUUAGUUUUAGAAUUAGCUGUGAAAGGCAGAGUGUUUCAGUUUUAAUAGAGAGAGAUGAGAACGUAGUCUGCAGUCAUAUAUAAACUUUUAAAAGUUAGCAAAUAUAUGUCCCCUCUACUCCGAGGGACUAGGCACUCCCAUAAGCUCGUUUUAAUUAAUGGUUGUUCUUCUCUAUCUGCAGUUUAUCUUUUUCUCUUGGGCGCUUAUUAUUGUUAUAUAUUGUCAUAAUUAUAUAUAUUUACUGUAACAGAUUAUAAUCUAUUGAAAUUCUGUAAAUUUUGUUUUCAUAUAUAAUGCUGGAAGAAUUUUGAUUGAGCUUUAA